GGUAAGCGUCUGUGAAUGGCAACAAAGGCAGGUCUCCUCCCGUGGCUUAUCCCAUCGCCGAGACACGUGUCGCUGUUCCCAGUGGUUCAAUUGCCGGCCGGAUGGUGUGUAAGCAAGAGGAGAGCAGCAGACGUAGCAGUCUCCGUCGCCUUCAAUCCUUCUGGCAAUUUCGACAUCUCUGACGAAGAUCCUUCAGAUAAAGUAGAACCUCCGAUGCCUCCGACGACGGGACGGUACGAAGUAGUGAUCGACAACGACUCAAUUGGGCGGCUUGACCUAUCCCCGUUUCAGAGAGCCACCGGCAUAAGCUCACCUUCCUCAGGUAGGUAUACAUAUUUAUUUAUCCCUCACGUGAAUGUGAUUGAUUCGUUGACUGUGUGUGUAGCUGAACCAAAACGGUAUUUGGAUCGAACCAUCGGAUUCACCAUCAAGUACAGGAGAGAAGAUCCCGGGGAUCCGCGGGAGCUGUCAGAGUACCCAGACAUAAGACUGUGGUUCGUGAGGCUGGACGCGAUGUACCCGUGGCUGCCUCUGCUGCUGGACUGGCGAGCUGGAGAGCUUGCUCGAUAUGCGGCCAUGUUAGUGCCGCACCAGAUGAGCUUGAGAAUGGGCGUCGUUUUCAAUCCGGAGGCGUUGGAGCUAUUCGUGAUGAACAAAGUGUUUGUGGUUUAUCCGUGGCUGAAACGGCACGGCGUCCCCAAACCCAGGUUGAAGACAAGCGACAUGGCCAGAAUGCUCGGCUUCGGCAUCGGCGAUGAGCUCUUCGACUUGAUCGAUCAUCAUCAAUAAAUGAAUUGUGUGUGUUGUCUCAAUCAAAGCCCUCAUUUACAUAAGUGGGCCUCAUUAUGGGCUUCUGAUGAAGAUUCUUGAUAUUAAAUACACACGUGGCGACUAGCCAUUGGACAA